AGUAUUUUAUCCAUCCUAUAGAAAACAAUUGUGGAAUAUUUUAUCCAUCCUAUAGAAAUCAAUUGUAGAAUUUGUUCGCCUACUAUAAAAGCUAGAAGUGUUUUGAGGCCACUUGGCCUUUGUAACUGUAAGGGUCAAACAAGUUUCUGAGCGUAUUUUGUUGGUAAUUUUCCACCAGACAACAGGUGGCUGUGAAAUGAACAAGACCAUUAUUAUGGGUGUCACGUGAAGGCUUCUUGUCUCUGGGGAGUGUUGACUGGUUUGAUACAAUGUUUCAUUUGGCCAAUGGGAAAAGGAUUGACCAUCAAAUUGGCAGAAGGCCCAUGAGAAAUGAAGUCAAAAGAUGUACAGUAGCUGGAAGCUGGUCACCCUUACUAAGAAAAUUCUCUUACAUAAGCAACACCUGCAAUUAUAUUAGUGAUGUGUCUAUGGCAGAAAGGUCGGGGAGUACAUGGAAAGGAGGUGUGAGGGGAGAGCACGUGUAAGUGAGAAUAUGGGAAAAUGUAAGAGCGAAUAUUACCAGCCAAUGAUAUUAAUUUGGUGUGUUUUAAGAGAUAAGAAAAAGCCAAUGGUAUUAAUUUGGUGUGUUUUAAGAGAUAAGAAAAAUGUAUAAAACUGUGCCCCAGCUAAGGGAGCCUGAGAUGCGGAGCUGGCAUCUCACUUUGUUGCUUGACAAUAAAGUUAAAUACUUCUGAGACCUGGAACUUUGACUUUGUGAGUUUUUCUGAGACCUGAAAACUUAGACUCUGCGAGUUUUUCUUCGAGACCAGAUCUGAAGGGACAAAGAAACAUCAAAUCUGCCACGACAUAAUUGGCGAGCCCUGAGCCAGGAGCCAGGAAGAGGUCGGGGUGGGACCACGGUGGGCGUGCUGGCUUGAGGCUCCACAAAACAAAAGCGCGCUAUAUAAAUAAGGAGGAGUCACUGCAACUGGUCGGAGGGUUGAGGAAAAUGAGCUCUGGAGUUUUGAAUUGAUCUGCUUGGGGGAGGACAUAAUUUGGAAACGCAAUAACUACAAUUGGCUGGAACUGGAAGGUGUGACGACGAAGUCAUUGACUGAGGUACAAAUAAGAGCAAUUUUAAAAUAUAUAAAGAAAAGAAAGACCAUCAAAUUGCUGUUCUAAGUCCUCAACCCAGUAAAAAUUCCGGAGGAAGCCAGGGGUCGGAUGCUUUUAGUGGUCCUCGUCUGGCCAAUCCGGUGAAGAAUUAAAGAUUUGAAAGAAUUAAAAAUAAAUAAAUAAAUAAAUAAAUAAUAUUGACUGGGGUUAAAGAGGUUUAAGAUUUGGCUUAUGACAAUGGCUUCAGCGUCAACAGAAAAAGACACACCUGUAGAGUGCAUAAUAUCAGAAUACCCCAUAUGUAGAGACACAAUUAGAGAGUUAUCUAAAAAAUGGGAAAAAAGGACCAUAAAAUUAAAUACAAAGUGGCCUGCAGAGGGAACAUUUGACGUAGCCAUGUGUAGAGAGAUGGAAGCAUUAAUAAAAAAAUCACAAGGCUAAUGAUAAGACAAAGAAUAGAGAAGAGAAGAGAGAACGGGAACAUGAAGUGUUAAGACUAUUCAAGGAAUGGGGAAUAAAAAUAUUAAAGGAAAGACAAAUGAGGGAGGGAAAAAAUGGAAAAAAAUGUUUCAAAAUCAGAAAGGCCUCCUCCAUAUGCAUCACACUAUGAUUCUGCUAAUCAAUUACCAAUGGUUAAUGCAACACUUCAUGUGAGAGGGAAUGUGGAGUUUGAAAAUCAAAAACUUGAAGAAGAGGAAGGUGAAGGAGAGAGAGCAGUGGGAUUUCAUUGUGAAGAGGCUGAGGAGCACACAUCUGACAAACCAUUGAGAGUGAAAGGAGAAACGCCAGCCAUGCAAAAGCAAGCGGAACCUCUAAGAAGCAAAGAAGGUAAGAAGAAAUCCACAGAUCCCACAAUGACGGAUCCAUACUACUAUGCAAAACAAGCAUUGAGAGAACUUGAGGAAAGGGGGAGAGGUGAAGAGGCUGCAGGUGAGCAACCACUGCAAGAUCAAGACAUAGCUGAUAGUUUGCUGUCAUUCCAUCAAGAUAUGAAGAUAACAGAAGAGCUACUUGCUAAAGAGGCUCAAGCUAUGAGAGAAAUUAUAGAAAAGGAAGAAUGGAAGAGUUGUCAAAGAUCAAGAGCACACUCAAGCAGCCCUGAUGGAGAGUACAAAAGAGUUUCAGGAACACUCCUCCUUGAAGGGGUUCCCCAAAGGGAACAGCGUUGGAGGAGGGGUGACAAUUUAAGAGAAAGACCUACAAGCGCCAUAUUCAUGCAAAGAGCAGAAGAAGACAUGCAAGAUAAAGACAAAAGACAGUGCCCCAUACUGAUCAGGGGACGCCAAGGACAGUAUGUCCCAUGGGCGAGACAGGAUCUGGAAGGACUUGUAGCCCGCCUCCCCGACAUACAUGAGGGGGCUGGAAAGUGGAUCAGACUGCUGGAAAAAGAGACAAUGGGAAAGAUACUAGCCAUCGGAGAUGUUAAGGCCUUGUUGGCAAGGUGUGUGGGAGGAGCCAAAACAAAUGAGAUUUUUGAGGCUGCAGGACUUCAACCUGCAAUUGGAAGGACAGAUAUGGAUGCCACUCCUCUUGACAUUUUCCGACCUCUGAUAUGGCAAACGCUAAGAAGAAGCUACACAACACAGAUGGAUCCAAAGCUACUGAAAGGGGAGCAAAUAGGGGAAGCAGAAAACCCAACCACCUACAUUCAAAGACAACUGAGAAGAUGGAAACAGGAAUUGGAGCGAGACCCAGAAAAAGACCCGGUGAUAACAACACUGUUCAGAACUGCCAUAGUAGAGGCCAUGCCCCCAGCUGUGAAAACAAGACUGGAAGAUGUAGUGGGGCUGAACUCCAAGUCACCAAAGGAGUUUUGUGAUCAUGUGGCUCAUGCAGUGGAACAGCAUAGGAAGAAUGAACAAAAGCUAAAAAAAUCAAGAAAGAGAGCUUCAUAGAAGACUAACUCAACUGCAAUUAAAGGAACUAACUACCAUGAAGAAGAAGGUUCAAGGAAUGCUGAAGGAAAACGAGGAUCAGUCUGUGGUAAUGGCUACUGUAAACGCAUCUGGCCUAACUACCCAGACUCCAAUGACACCUAUUCAAUCUAUGACACCAACGCAAAACACAACAAUACCAGCACAUGUGCACCAGAACAUGACUCCAGUAAGCGCGCAACAACAUGGUGCACCAAUUGUGAUCUAUCUGCCCGAGCAGCCAAGUAAUAGAAAAAUGAACGAUUCACAGCAAAGAGGGAGAGGAAGAGGAAGACAGAACAGCAAUCAACAAGGAAGCUAUGGCUCCGCAGGGAACUGUUGGGGAUGGAACCAACCUGGGCAUAGGAAGAUAGACUGUCCUAUCAACCCAUGGCCACAGAACAUACCACCAACAGGCCAAAGACAACAGUCAUGGCAGCAAAACCCUCAGAAUCACAUGCCAGGACCUGUCAACCCAUGGCGUGGCCCAGACCAGGGCUACUAGGGAUGCCCAGAGAAUCCUACGGGGAGGAAUCAGCUACCAAUGAUAUCUUCUGAUGCUGAUCAAGAACCUAUGCUGCAGGUUAAGAUAGAGGACAAGAUAACACCUAUGCUAACUGAUACUGGGGCGACUUUUUCCUGUUUAAGCCCAAAUUAUGCCUCUCACCUCCCCAAGUCUGGAAAAUAUGUAAAGACAGUAGGAUUCUCGGGACAAACGCAGCUAAUUCCAAUGACGGCACCAGUCAAGAUGAAAAUCAAAGACACUGAAAUAAGAAUCCCAGUUUUAGUAUCAGAACAAACACCAGUCAAUCUUUUAGGAAGAGAUGCAAUAUGCAAGCUAAAACUGCAAAUAUGGUGUUCUCCUGAGGGAAUAUACAUAGACAAUGAAGGGAUCUGACAAAUGACUGUAGUAGGAGGGCAUGACACACAAGAACCAAAAGCAAACAUAUAUUGGUUGGGAAAUUUGGAACAGGAAGUGGUUAAAACCAUUAAUAAAUGGGGAAGUUAUAUAAGGGAACAGCUUAGGAACCCAAAAAUGCCAGACACUGAAUUUCAUUGUACAAUGAUAUAUGAUCCAUUUAGGGAUCCCAAAUUGGAAGAGAAAUGGCUAGGAGAGACAGUGAACAAAGAAAUACCCCUGACUUCAGAACAUUUAAUAAUAGGGCCUAUGGGAGCAGCAUUACAAAUCCAAGAAUGCAGCUUCAUUAAGAAUUGGUUUAAAGUAGAAAAAUCAACCCCACAUGUUACUAUAUAUAUGAAUGAAGGGUGUCGACCAGAAGAUUUGGGACCAAUGAUGCUACAUGCAAAAGGGAGAAAAUGGGAAGCUACAGAGAAUCCUUUUAUUUCCCAAACAUCAGAUAUGAUGUAUCUCAAAAUUCUGUGUCCUACUAAAAUGAUAGGCAUUCCAAAAAUAAUAGUUAAAACCACAGAAAAGAAAAAGAAAUUAAAUUCUAAAUUGGAUGAUUUAAUGAUAGAAAUGGAACAAAAAGUACCACAAGAAUUGUGGUCUAAACAUGACACCGAUGUGGGUUUGGUGAAAUCUGCAAAUCCAGUAAGGAUCAGGAUUAAACCAGGAGUUAAUUUACCUAGAAAACAACAAUACCCACUGAAACCAGAAGCCGUAGAGGG